CAAAAUUCUAUUCCUUGAUGAAUCUCCUGUCCCUUUGAUGUUGUUGUGUGUAUUGGCGUUGCUUUCCUUCUUUUCCUCGUUUGCCGCUGCUGACAGCAUGGUAAAUCUGGCAACUGUCGACUGUACCUGGCCUUGCUCUUCGAAAGAGCAGGUAUGUCAAGUUACUUCUACAUCCAUACAGUGCGCUCCCCCUAGUAAUUCACAAUGGGUCAUGCUCUCUGAAAGCACAUCGCCAGUCUUUACGGGGGAUACAGCAACACUUAACCAACCUUGCAUAUUUGCGCCACAGCCAAAAUUGAAUACCUUUACGUCCAAUACAACCUAUAGUAAAACUAGCAACACAACCAAUAUCAUUUGGCAAGUACCCGAUGGUAUCCAUCCUUUCGACGCGUUCCUUUCCAACUGUGACUCUAGCACCUACUGCUCUAUGGACACUUCACAAUGUGUAAAUCGCAUUGCCCGAGGAGGGAAUUGCGAAUCGACCAAUCAAUGUGCUGACUCUGUCCAAUGUGUCUCUUACCGUUGCAAUGGUGGUGAAUCGACAUGGCCAUCUCAAGGAAUUCCCACUUCUCAUAUCCUUGCUGGAACGCUAAGUGCAGUCUUCGCUGUUAUAGCUGCCCUUAUUGCCCUCAUUAUACUCCGGCGACGACAAAAACUUCAUCAAAAGGCUGCCAGCUCGCAGAAGGGAAUCGUACAAGACACCUUGGCUAGCUUUGAGCAAUGCUUCGAAUCAGACUCUCAACACACUACACCAUCUAUGCAGCAACGAAAUCUUCAGAUGCGCCUUCAACAAGAACACUCUGUAGGAGACAAAGGAGAUAUGUCAUCCUCACCUCCACCUUAUUCUCCUUAACAGCCCAUGAAACACCACUGCAAUUAUAUUUUGGACCUUUAAUCAAUCUUUUGUUUUUUUUUUUACCCCAUCUUUUCUCCCAAAUCAACAUACACAUUACCUCCCCUCCCCCCCCCCGACCUAGUCGUUGUAAUAUUCCCACACAUCACUGUAAAUAGUUAUUGCAAUUGCAGCGUUUCAGAAUGAAGAUCAAAGGCAGGACCACCUGAAAACUGAAGUGAGAAUAAUAAUAAAAAUAAAAAAACAUGGCACAGAAACUACGAUUUUUUCU